AUGCCUCUCCACCUCACCCUCCCCGCCCUCCACACCGACCGAGCCACCAAGCUCGCGUCCAAAAUCACCUCAACAGCCACAACAACCAUCCUCACCCUAACUGGCCACCUGAGCUCCUUCCUCCUCUCCUUCACCCUCACCCGCGCCCUCCUCACCUCAAUUCUCCUGCCAUUAUACAUGACAAAAUUCCUCCUGUGCCUCCUCCCCGCAACACUCAAAAACUCCAUCCACCUCCUCCUCGGACCACCCGGCUGGACCCGCCUAAUAAACCACACCGACACCUUCCGAAACACCUCCGACACCCUCGCGCAAUCCCAGCUGUCUGGUACAUACCGCUUCAAACCAGACGAAAUCUUCCACGUCGAACCCAACAGCCGCGGGUGGAAGGAGGUAGAAGGUGCACCGUGGACAUCCGAGACAGAGGAAUUCGAAGUCUGCGGCGCGAGCGCGCGGUACGUCCAUCUGCGUCCGCGGUACUCUGCUGUCUUGCAGGAUGGGAAGCGCGAGCAUAGACCCGUUGUCUUCCCAUCCCUCCUUGAGCGCGGCCAUGACGUUUACGCAAUUGACUGGUUGGGUCAUGGUCGGAGCGACAAGAUACUAAAGACGGAGGUUAUUACGACGGAGCUGCAUAUCCAUACGCUGGUAAAGUUCUUUGAGGUUACGGAGCUUGAGAAUGCUAUCGUUGCAGCGCACGAUUGGGGCGGCUGCAUCGCCCUCUGCACAAUCCCGCGCCUGCCGCGUACAACAGUCACCAGCCUCUUCCUCCUAAACACCUUCUUCCCCCCGCGCCUCAGCGACUGCAGUCUACACUACCGCCUCCUGAACAGAAUCUGGUACUGCGCCACCGGCCUGCUAGACGGAUAUCUCCCAGAAUCCCUAAUCCACCUCUUCCUGUCGCCGUCAUUAUCACUCUCGGAGCUAUCAGCCUAUACAGCGCCGUACGCAGAUCUCCCACGGAGUAGCAAGGCCUCGAUCCAAAGAUUCAGCCACUCCGUCCCCUCUCUACCGCGGUUCGUUCUGUUUUAUUUACGGAACACGCGUCUUUGGAAACUAUGUGAGGGCUUAACGGGUCCAGCGAACUGGGAUAGUCUGAACGUGCAGGCGCGGCUUAGUGCGCAGGAUGACCAGGUGCGUGGGUUCUGGGGCACUACCCGUCAUCAAGGGAGUGGCAGUGGUAGUGAUGGAGAAGGUUGUGAAGUAGCAGUUGUCUUCGGGGACAAGGACCCGCUGAUCAGGGACUACAAGGCUGUGCUGACGCGCUCGAUUUAUCCGGAUCGGAUGGUGAGUUGGGCGCAGAGGGGGAUGUGGAUUAUGGGGGCUGGGCAUUUGCCGAUGGAGGGGAGGGCUGGGGAGGUGGCGGGGUUGAUUGCGAGGUUUGCGGGUGCGAGGAGGGAAGGUGCUAUGCACUAA